AUGCGUGUCUCCUUUGUCGGGAAGAGCAGUACGCUUGAGUCAGCAGACGAUGGGGCGUUUUGGAGUUUUGAGGGGCCCAAGGUCAAAAACGACAAAAAGCUUGUGUCACUCAUGAAGUGGAGUCCAGCAGGAGAGAUGAUCGACCAUGCUGGGACUCGAACCCAGAACCUUUACCAGCUGGAUAUUUAA